GUCCGGCACUUACACCUAGUAGCCACUUCUGGGAAGUCUCGGUCGGACCUGGGCCGAGCAAGGUGAAACAAGCCGAGCAUGAACAAGCUAGUACCAGCAAGAUGAUCAUGGACAAGCCGACGGAUGUAUGGCUUCCAGGUCCGUCUGGGUCUGUCUGGGGUAUGGGGGUUGUUGUCCCGCAGGCGAUGAUCUCGGAUCUGGAUCUGGACAGGCGAGACGGGGAGAAUGACGUGCUACCUUGAUGACCGACUACCUAGCCAUAUAAGACCUGACCUCCAUCUUCACCAUCAUCAACCGCCAGCCACUCCAUCACCUCUCCCCAUCCCCCUUCACACACCCCAUCACACAUCAAAAUGCGCGCCCUCACUCUCCUCGCCGCCCUCUCGGCCGCCGGCGCCUCCGUCACCGCCUCCCCCCUCGGUCCUCCCAAGUCCCCAAGGUCCUCCGCCUCCGACAUCAACCCCUUCGUCGGCAAGAAGCUCUUCGCGAACCCCAAGUGGGCCGCCAAGCUCGAGGACACGUACAAGUCCUUCACCCAAAAGGGCGACAAGGCCAACGCGGCCGUGGUCCGCAAGGUCGAAAAAAUCGGCACCUUCGUCUGGGUGACUUCUCGCUCCGGGCUCUCCGAGAUCGACGACGCCAUCAAGGCUGCUCGUGAUGAGCAGAGUCGGACUGGACAGAAACAGGUGGUUGGGUUGGUGCUGUACAACCUCCCCGAUCGUGAUUGCUCAGCGGGUGAAAGCGCCGGAGAGCUAAGCAGCAAGAAUGAUGGGUUGAGGAUUUAUAAGGAGCAGUUCGUCAAGCCUUAUGCUGCGAAGUUGGCUGCGGCCAAGGACUUGCAGUUUGCUGUGGUGUUGGAGCCGGAUUCGUUGGGUAACGCUGUUACCAACACGGGCGUGGAGUUUUGCAAGCAGGCUGUUCCUACUUAUCGGGAAGGCAUCGCUUUUGCGAUCAAGAACUUGCAGUUGGAUAAUGUGGCGUUGUAUCUUGAUGCUGCGAAUGGUGGAUGGCUGGGGUGGGGUGAUAGUUUGCCGCUUGCCGCAAAGGAAUUCGCCACCGUCCUCUCCCUCGCCAAACCCGCGACAAUCCGCGGUUUCUCCACAAACGUAUCCAACUACAACCCCUACCUAACCUCCAACACCACCCGUCCCCGCGACUCUUACACCGCAGGGUCGCCCUCCUACGACGAAUCGCACUACGCCUCUUCGCUCUCCCCCUAUCUCAUCCAACAAGGCCUGCCGUCGCACUUCAUCAUCGACCAGGGUCGCGUCGCCCUGCCGGGCGCUAGGAAGGAGUGGGGUGAGUGGUGCAAUGUUGGGCCGGCGGGCUUCGGACACGUGCCCACCACGGAUCAGACGGUUCUGCAGAAUGGGAAUGUGGAUGCGAUUGUUUGGGUUAAGCCGGGCGGGGAAAGUGAUGGGCAGUGUGGACUUGCGGGGGCGCCGAGGGCGGGAGCGUGGUUUGGGGGGUAUGUGGAGAUGUUGGUGAAGAAUGCUGAUGCUUCUGUAAAGAACUAGUUGUAGGGGGUUUGUGGGAUGAGAGUGUAAGACAUGGAGGCAAGGCUCACUUCUAUUGGGUCUUGCCUGUGAUUGUGGGCUUGGAGGUGGUGCCCGC